UAUGAGUUUGAUUCAACGGGCAAAAGAAAACUAAGAUGGCUUUAGACGACAGCGAAUAUCUGCUCAUCCCUACUACAUCUAGCUACUUCCUCGAUUUCUAUUUACUUUUUGGCCUGUUUUGGUGGAACGCUUGUUUUGGUGGAACGCUCAUCCCGUGACAACAAAUACAAAUUACUAGAUCUUCACCACUAAACUGACUUUGAAUCGGUUUUCGUGUGGCUGUUAGUCGAAAAAUAAGAGUACGCCCGCUGACUUCUGAUCAGCGGUUUUCAAAUCAAUAGACAACGAGGGCGGGGCUCGUGGGUGACGUAAGUACGUUCAUAAACGUUUACGCUCUUUGGGAAACAUGUCGACGUCUGAGGAAACAACAAAGGAGACUGCUGAAGGAAAUGAUUCACAAACACCACCAGAGCCAUUAGCUGGACCAAGUCCAGUUAAAGAUGAUAAUGCAGCCUCCAGUACAGCUGUUGUUGCCAAGAAGUCAGAGCCCAUGGGUGGUAUGCCAUCAGUGUUGUCAUCACGGCAGCCUCGUAAGGAUGCUUCUGGAGUCGAAGAGGAGGGAGAGAAAUUGUCCCCUGCCUCUUCCCCAAGCAGACCUGCUGCAGGACAGGCAGCAAAGUCCCUUCCAUCAACAUCUUCCUCUUCAUUGUUGUCCUCUCCUUCUGCGUCUUCAAUGGUGUCCCCUGGCCGGGCAAAGAUGAGCGUUUCUGGGCCAGGCAGCAAUAAAGCCAUUCUCCCGCCUGGUGGUUCUUCCUCGUCUUCAUCCUCAGCCACAGCUUCCUCAUCUCCUUCUGUCUUUCCUGACCCACCCAAGAUCCACCGGGCCCGUAAGACCAUGAAUAGGCCCCCACCAUGGCAGACAAGUCACGUUGAGGCGCCUGUUCCACGUGUGACUGCUUCAGCAUCCUCUGCCUUCCUUUCCCCUGACUCUGAAACUGCUGCAAAAAGGAGAAAACUGGAUCAUUCAUCUGACAACACAGCUGAGAGGUCUGAGAACAUUCCAGACAACGCUCAGACAGUGGAAGAACCAAUAUUCCAUAAAAAGUUGGAGCACGUGACCAAGGCUACAACAGAGAAGAGCAACAGCAGUGUGGGGAAGUCAGAGGAUGCAGCCGAGAAAAUAGAGAUUAACAGCCAGUGCCAGGAAGAUUCAGAGAAUUUUGAAAAUGGUGUGGGAGAAGCAGGGGAGCACAUUAAAGACAUCGAGGGGUCAGUGAACACAUCCGAUCAUAGUUCAGAGUCUGAAACACAGAGAGCUGUCCAAAGUAGAAAUCAGGGCGAGGAGUCUCCAUGGCUGCAGUCAGACCAUGACGAGAGAAACUCUGCUGAUGUGGUGGAGACACUGGGAGGAAAGCCAGCAGAGUAUACAGAGGUUCCCUUGGAUGCUCUGGACAUCGCUGCUGCUGACAGUCUGACACUUUCUCCUCAUCAUGAAGGCAGUGACGCAGGUGACACGGAGCGGCUGGGGGGGGUUGGCGGUGGGAUGGAGGCUCCUCGUGUGGCCAGCACCAGCCACCGUGUCAGCAGGCAGUGCAUGGCCACUGAGAGCAUCAAUGGAGAGCUGAGGGCUUGUACCAAUCAGACGAUUAAAGGAGAAACCAUGCGGCCAUCCAGUCGGGUGCCCCUCAUGGUACUUUGCGACGUCCAUCGCUCACACAUGGUCAAACACCACUGUUGCCCUGGCUGUGGAUACUUCUGCAUAGCGGGUACAUUUCUUGAGUGCUGCCCAGACCAGCGCAUCGCUCACCGUUUCCAUCGGGGUUGUGUGACAGUGCUGGGUGGGGGGCGCAGCAGAGCCAAUGGUGGUGGUAUGCUUUUCUGUCCCCACUGUGGUGAAGAUGCCUCAGAGGCCCAGGAGGUCACCAUCCCCUCCUUCAGCUCAGCUACAGCCUCCGCAACCACCGUCGUCACCAUGUCUGCCUCCUCCACCACCACUCCUUCUCUGCCACCAUCUGUCCCCACAGGACCCUCCCUCACAGCUUCCACGGGGGGAAUGAAGGAUGGGAAGAUGCCUGAAAGGCCUGUCAGUGCCCGUAUGCGUAGUCAUGGUUUGGUAACGCUGGCAGUAGAGCAGCAGCAGCAGCAGCCCCCGCAGCCUGUAGCUUCAGCUACGACUGUGGCCACUGUCCCCCCAGCUGAGGAGGGAGUGGACAGCGUGGGGCCCUCUCUCUGCAUGCCUAAUGGGAAACCCAUCAGCCCCAGUGUGCUUCCACCUGGACCCAGCAGGGCAGCGCUGCAAAAAGCCAUCCUCACACAGGACACUGAGAGGAGGAAAAAACUGAGGUUCCACCCUCGCCAGCUUUACCCUGCUGCCAAGCAAGGAGAGGUGCAGAAAGUUCUGGUCAUGCUGAUGGAGGGCAUCGAUCCAACAUACCAGCCUGACUCUCAGAAUAGGCGCUCUGCUCUGCAUGCUGCAGCUCAGAGAGGUCUGCUGGAAAUCUGCUAUAUGUUGGUACAGGCAGGUGCUCAAGUGGAUGCCCAGGACAAAGACAUGAGGACUCCUCUGUUGGAAGCGAUAGUCAAUAAUCACCUUGAGGUGACUCGCUACCUGGUCCAGAACGGUGCCUGUGUCUAUCAUGCUGAAGAGGAUGGAUAUACUGGCCUCCAUCAUGCAGCCAAGCUGGGCAACCUAGAAAUCGUCACCAUGCUUCUGGAGACAGGGCAGGUUGAUGUGAACGCACAGGUAAAGGACAGUGGCGGCUGGACGCCAAUCAUUUGGGCUGCAGAGCACAAACACGUCAAGGUGAUCAAAGCACUACUGAAUAGAGGCGCUGAUGUCACCAUCAAUGAUAAGGAGCUGAAUGUGUGUCUCCACUGGGCGGCGUAUGCAGGGAAUGUGGAUAUUGCAGAACUGGUGUUGAACUCUGGAUGUUCGCUCUCUGCUGUUAACGUGCACGGAGACACGCCACUCCACAUCGCUGCCAGAGAAGGAUACUUGGAAUGUGUUACAUUGUUCCUCUCCAGAGGUGCAGACAUUGACAUCAUGAACAGGGAAGGAGACACACCUCUCACCCUUGCAAGGGCUGAUACACCAGUGUGGGUCGCACUACAGAUCAACAGGAAGCUGCGGCGGGGAAUAACCAAUCGCAUGCUUCGCACGGAAAGAAUCAUCUGCAAUGACAUUGCACAGGGCUAUGAGAAUGUACCAAUUCCCUGCGUGAAUGCAGUGGAUGACGAGGGUUGUCCUUCAGACUAUAAAUAUGUUUCAGAAAACUGUGAAACCUCAGCAAUGAACAUAGAUCGCAACAUUACACACUUACAGCACUGCAGCUGCACUGAUGACUGCUCAUCUAGUAACUGCCUCUGUGGACAGCUCAGCAUCCGCUGCUGGUAUGAUAAGGACCAGCGGCUGCUCCAAGAGUUCAACAAAAUCGAACCUCCACUUAUAUUCGAAUGCAACAUGGCGUGUUCCUGUUAUCGAACAUGCAAAAACAGGGUGGUGCAGGCAGGAAUCAAAGUUCGUCUUCAGCUCUACAGGACAGAGAAGAUGGGCUGGGGCGUUCGAGCCCUGCAGGAUAUUCCUCAGGGAAGCUUCAUCUGCGAAUAUGUUGGGGAGCUGAUCUCAGACGCAGAGGCAGAUGUUAGAGAAGAUGACUCUUACCUGUUCGACUUGGACAACAAGGAUGGGGAGGUGUAUUGCAUUGAUGCCCGGUACUAUGGGAACAUCAGUCGCUUCAUCAACCACCUGUGUGACCCUAACCUCAUCCCAGUACGUGUGUUCAUGCUGCACCAGGACCUGAGAUUCCCCCGCAUUGCCUUCUUCAGCUCCAGAGACAUCCUUAGUGGUCAAGAGCUCGGGUUUGACUAUGGUGAUCGGUUCUGGGACAUUAAAAGCAAGUACUUCACCUGUCAGUGUGGAUCGGAGAAAUGCAAGCAUUCGGCUGAGGCCAUCGCCUUGGAGCAGAGCAGGUUGGCUCGGCUGGAGGCCUGCCCAGAGUCCGGGGCGGACUGUGGGAUAACCAUACAAGGAAACUCUUAAAACACUUAACCAUGGAGCCUUUGGAUUAACCCUUCCACAUUUACGUUUACACAUCAAUAAUGGAAAUGGACAGUGAGGGUUUUGUCAUGUUUAAAAUAAAGUGUUGAUGUAUGUAUGAUGCAGAUUUUUUGCCCCCAGACACGUCACCCAGUUUGCUACCUUUAUAGUUUAUAAUUUCCUCUGUGACAGAGGAUAUGGGCCUUGAAAUACCUGUAAACCAUUUGGGUAUUAAAAAUGAGAGAUCUUGUGAUUUUGUACAGUAUUUUUACUGUAUCUCACUAUGUACGUUUGCCUUGACACAUGAAGUUUUGUGCAUUAGCAAUCUGCUCUCAUGUAACAGUCGUAUGUGUUUUCUGUUGUGCCAACAGACACAAUGCCUUUGACACCGUACAGUAAUGGUUCAGGCUCCAGCCCCUGCUGUACUCACUACGGACCUGAGAGCCAGUGUUGUCUGCAUAAGUGUGUUAGCUUUAAUUUUUUUAUUUUUAUAUGUAUUGUUUUCUCUGCCUCUUGGUGUAAGAAAUUAGCUCAUGAGUUGAUCUUUGGGCUUUUGUAUGAAAUGUGGCAUUUUCUUCUUUUUAAAUCUGUG